AGUUAUCUCCGCUUGGGGAAGUGCGGGUGCGUCGCGGGUUUCUCGGCUGAGUCUCGAUGAUGAGUGAUAUAAGUAAUUAUAUUUAUUCUAUUUGUAUUAACAAGUUUAUAUUCAGGGCUAGUCAGCCAGCUAUUGAGCCUGCACUUUCAUUCUCGAAACUGGAGAAUUAAAAAAAUUUCGGUCUGUGGUAGAACAAGAUAGACUGUAAGUUAAUAUACUCGCUGUAAACCUAACGAAACAAAGUUCAGAGCUUUCAAUAUUCCUGUUUCACUUUAUAUUGCUAUAAUUAUUAUAAUCAGUAACUUAAAUUAUUUAUUGACCAGCAUAAAAAUGCAUUGCCAAAGUUUUCUCAGAUGCAGAAUGGAGAUGAAUAAGUGAAAGAGUUCAGAGUCAGAGUUAGUGUUUUUUGUGCAAAAAUCUUAGGUGUGUUAUGUCAUUUGGUUCUUAACAUUUGUUAUACACUUUAUUUUUUAUAAAGUUUCUUUUAAUGUUGCCUAGGUAUACCACAUUUGACCAUACAGACAAUAUGAAGUGAAAGUUUCAUGUGGUCAAUGACUUAUAAUGCUCUAUUCUCGGGUAGAAAGUGAUGAGAUAUUUAAAUGUUAUAACAGACAAGUUCUUAACAUAAGACGAAUAGUGAGAAUUAUGGGAGCGCAGAUAUCGGAGUAGAGUUUUGUUAGUCUGAACUGAGAGGUGUCUGUUUGAUAACCCGUGUACCGCAGUCGCCCCAGGUGACUUCUAUGGGUACUGAGUCCUUAAAGGGUUGUGGAAGGUAACAACGAGAGAGAGGAACUGUCCCCGAGAAAGGUGAGGUCUCUAACACCUCUCUACCUAACGACAUAAAAAUGUCAGCAACACGGAGUGCCAGUGAGGACUUCUUGACAUUCCUUCUGUGUUACCGCCAUGUUAGGAACUCUUUCUCGGUAAAUAGUCAGCGAGUUUAAAGAUACUUGUUUACCUCUAAUCCUCCACCCCCUGACAGUGCGAAAUCGUUUUUGGGUGGAAGCACUAUUUCCUUCCAAAUACAAUAACAACUUGUACAAACAGCACACAUUUCAACUUGUUCCUCAGAUUUACUGAACCUUAAGCGUUCUGUCAACACACACACCAUAGCCUUAAAAGAUUACAAGUGUCAGAUGUAAUCUCGCAACCGCAGUGUGUGAUUUUUACAGAGAUAUUCCCAGGUAACAAAUCUGUAUAUUCGAUAACAAAUGUUUAUCGUUGCUAAGGGUCUCAUAGGAAGGGAAAUUACGAUAGGUCAGGGACAAGGAAGUAACAAGAUGAGAGACAGGGGAACAUGGCGGACUGUAGGUGUGUGCAGGUGUUUAUGUUCUGUGUCUUUACACAAAUAUUCCUUCUGUGUGUUGCCCAGAACACACACAUGAAAAAUGUGGCACAAAACAAACCAUGUGGCACAAGCUCCCUGUACAGUACCUCUAACAACUGCUCAGCAGCAUUAAAUGGAAACACAAACACUAAUUACCAAGAAAAUCCACCCAACUGUAUCCACACCGCGGAGAACGACACGUCACCUUUCUGGUGGGUGGACCUGGGAGAGAAGGUCACCAUCACCAUGAUCACGAUCUACGGACGGACAUACUUUCUAGAUAGAAUGCGUUGUGUUAACGUAUUUGUCGAUGGAGCUCUCGUCAAAAGAUUCACAGAUGUGAGUGGUUGGACCAAUGAUAAAUACACCAUCCCAGUGCUUCGUGGUGGGCGAGUGGUUAAAAUAACGAAAGACUGUGACAGCAAGGGACGUACGAUAAACAUCUGUGAGGUACAGGUGUGGGAAUGCUUUGAUGGUUGGUAUGGAACCGACUGCUCACAGACCUGUGGAAACUGUAUCACUAGUUCUGAUUGUAACAAGACGACAGGCAGGUGUACAUCGUGUAAAACAGGAUUCGGUCUACCAUACUGUACAGAUUGUGACAAAGGUUGGUAUGGACACAAUUGUGUUGAAACGUGUGGACAUUGUAUGGGAGGUAACUCUAGCUGUGACAAUAUAAACGGAAGUUGUCCCUCCUGUGACGGGGCAUUCAAACCACCUCUGUGUAAAGACAAUUGUGACAAAGGUUGGUAUGGACACAAUUGUGUUGAAAGGUGCGGACAUUGUGUGGGAGGUAACUCUACCUGUGACAAUAUAAACGGAAGUUGUCUCUCUUGUGACGGGGCAUUCAAACCACCUCUGUGUAAAGACAAUUGUAAGAACGGUUGGUAUGGAAACAAUUGUGCUGAAACGUGUGGACAUUGUAUGGGAGGUAACUCUACCUGUGACAAUAUAAACGGAAGUUGUCUCUCCUGUGACGGGCCAUUCAAACCACCUCUGUGUAAAGACAGUUGUGAGAAAGGUUGGUAUGGAGACAAUUGUGUUGAAACGUGUGGACAUUGUAUGGGAGGUAACUCUAGCUGUGACAGGAUAAACGGAAGUUGUCCCUCCUGUGACGGGGCAUUCAAACCACCUCUGUGUAAAGACAAAUGUGAUGCUGGACACUACGGUAAGAACUGCUCAUUGUGUGGACAUUGUCGUCAAGACACCACGUGUGAUCCUGAUAACGGCACCUGCCUUGAUGGCUGUUCAGAGGGAUUCAAACCUGGUCUUUGUACUGAAUGUGAUGCUAGAUUUUACGGUGAGAACUGCGAUCAGACGUGUGGACAUUGUCUUGUCAACACCACCUGUGAUCCUGUUAACGGUACCUGCCCUUCAGGAUGUUCAGAUGGCUACAGAGGAAAUCUUUGUACCGAGGCGAUGACAUCAAGUUCCAACAAAGUCCCUGUCGGUGCAAUCGUUGGCCCUGUGUUGGCGGUAAUUGUUGCUGCAGUCGUUGUAGUGAUCGUCUUUAUGUGGUUAAGGCGGAGACAAAGAGAGGGAGGACUACCUGGACUACUAAGAAGGAAAAAAGAGAGCCCACAACAUGAAGUUACAUUCUCAGAAACAAUGACAAAUGUCAGUGAAAGGAGAGGAAACAAGCCAAUAGUACCCGUCAAGCCACAGACGUACCCCAAAGCAGGGGACAGACAGGAGGUCAGCGACCCCCACAUCUACGGCAACUUGCGUGAAGAUGCCCCGACCAAUAGUCAGUUGACCUCUGAAAACACAAAGUCUGAUGAUAAAAAUGCUACCACCCGUAAACCGUUGGCAAUAAAAGCAGAAAACAAACAGAUAUAUGAGAAUGUCGACAUUAAGACAAGUCUUUCAGAAAAAUCCGGUGACAGUCAACCCAAAAAGCCUUCGACAAAACCAAAUAAGGAGGAUAUAGAGGUUACAGACCCUACAGACGAGGACGAGGGGAACAUCUACAACACAGAGGACAUCUACGCCUCCUACCGCUCACUGGGGCCCUCGUCAAUACUCGAUGAUCUCCAGAAGUCCUUGUUGUCCAGCCUGGCAUCAGGAAAGCUAGGGAUGGAAUUUGCGGAUUUCCGCAAAGACAUGCAGCAUCCUCACGAAAUUGGUUUGAAGUCUGAGAACCGAAACAAGAAUCGCUUCAAGGCACUGUGUGCUUACGAUCAUUCUCGCGUUGUUCUUCGGCGACCAAAAGGAGACACCAACACGGAUUACAUCAACGCGAGUUACAUUAAGGGAUGCAGCCGAGAAAAAGCAUACAUCGCCACACAAGGUCCUCGCUCCAACACGGUGGAUGACCUGUGGUGGAUGGUGUGGCAAGAGAACGCCACGCAGAUCGUGAUGUUGACUAAACUUAUAGAGGGCGGCAAGGACAAGUGUGAAGAGUACUGGCCAUCAGUCGGCACCACAAAGACAUAUGGUCACGUGACAGUGACAGCCCUGAAAGCAGACACCAGGGCAGACUUCGUCGUCCGCCAUUUUGUGGUUCAGAGCAAAAAGGGCGGUGACCAGCGGACGGUAUCUCAGUAUCACUACCUGGUGUGGCCUGACCACGGGGUGCCGUCCACCUACUCGCUGGUCAGCUUCUGGCGCUACGUCAAGGCACGUGCACAGGGGGCCAUACCUGUCGUACACUGCAGCGCUGGUGUUGGACGCACAGGCACAUACAUCGCCUUAGACAUCGCCGCCGACUUGAGGUCACGUGGACGGAACGUUAACGUCAAGGAGAUCGUCAGUAGACUACGUGAAGACAGAACACUCAUGGUCCAGACUGAAGAACAGUACAAGUUCCUUCAUGAAGUCAUUCUUGAAGAACAUACCAGCCAUGGCACCAGGAUGACCUUUGAUCAGUUUGACAUUGUGUUUCCCAGCAACAUCGAUGCCCACAACCCAAGGAUUAACAUGGAAUUUAAGCUUUUGGAAGAAUUGGGACGGUUUGUUCCAAAACCAAGACAUCAAAUCGCUGAGUCAGAAGAGAAUAGGCUUAAAAACCGCAACAAAGAAUCACUGCCAGACGACAGCCAUCUGGUGUACCUCAUGGACCGCGUGCCUGGGAGAAAUCAGUACAUCAACGCCGUACAUAUGUCGUCGUUCAGGAAAGUACAGGGACUGAUCCUGACCCAGCUGCCGCUGUCGGACACCGUGGUGGACAUGUGGCGUCUGGUUGACGGAUGGGACGUCAACACCAUUGUUUCUCUCGGACACAGAAACCAGAGUCAAUCAGUCAAGAACUACUGCCACUACUGGCCUGAGACUGAAAAAGAAGUGCUGAAAACGGGACAACACACCAUCAAGCUAACUUCUACCUCUGCACUUGGAGAUCAUCUUACCUGCUACAACCUGUCUCUCAUGACCAAGACAUCCACACCAAGAGAGGUCCGAGUUCUGUACUAUGAUGACUGGGCAGGCGUCGUCCCAGGCAACAGCUCUGACAUUCUUCACCUGAUGGACACGCUGGAAUCAUGGCACAUUGAAGAGAACACCUCACCUGUAGUCGUGCAGUGCAAUGAUGGUAUGACAAGAAGUGGCAUGUUCUGUGUACUGUAUGAAGUCAUCAACGGGGCCAGACAUGACCAGGAGAUAGAUGUCUACCUGUCUGUGCGGCACGUUCAAAACGUCAGACCAAAAGCCGUUACUACGGAGGCUCAGUACCGUUACUGCUACCAGGUCGCACAAGAGUGCAAGCGCCAAGAAAAGUAUUUCAUCAGAACACGUGACCAGUCAGCGGUUUCUUACUUCAAGAGACCUGACGUAUCCUGGAAUUAAAAUCUCUGAAGAAAUGAAGAUGCAGAUGUGUAGAAUGAUGCUUACAGCUUUUUAUAUAUUCUCCUUACAAACUCUUUAUUAUCACAUUGUGUAAAAUUAAGUGGGACUUCAACUUCUUGUUAUUUUUUUAUUUAUUUAUUUUCUUUUUGUUCGAUAUCAACUCGCGAUAUUUGCCAGCACUCCCGACAUGCGUGCCUUUAUGAUUGGAAGUUCUAGUUCCAAAUAAGCUCUACUUUUUUUACUUUUGAUAAUAAAACUAUUUCUCAUUAUCUCAUCUAUUUCUCGCCUUUGCAAGAGUAAAAUACGGCUAACAAACUGGAUUCAAAAUAUUUAUUAAAAUGACACUAGCUUGAAGUGAGAUACUGUACAAAAAAUGAUUAUCUGCAUUUGGCAGAAAUGUUUUAAUUUUAAGUUAAUAUUUAUUCCGUGUCGCAGAACAGGGGAGAUGGGAGAGGAGGAGUGCUUGCCUAUUCUUGCUUUCCUCACCUCAACACUCAACACAGUCGUGGGUACAGACAGAACUUUUAAUCUGGCGCCGGUUGAUGUGUGAAACACGCACAAUCCGUUAUCUUCUUCGUGGUGUACAGCUUCUACCUCUCUACUCUCUGUUUGACCUCUAUCCUUUGGUUGGUUGGUUUAUAUACUAGGAAAGUGCUUCCACCUUAGAGUGAUUUCACACUACGUGGGGGAGGGGAUGGAUAGAAGAGCAUUCCGAAGUACCCCCAGAGGAAUAGCCCAGCCUUGCAGACAGGUGUCACAUACAAUGAUACAGAGUGUCCCGAGACGAGAUCUGAACCCUGAGUUUCUCACUGCAGUGGUGACAAGCGAGUGUUUUAUACACUACUCUACCCUCUCCCUCCUCUUAUUACUCCUACCCCCAAAUCCUCUCGAAGGUACCAUGACUACCUUCCACUGUUACCAUGCGGCCAACACGCGUCUCCCUCUCUUCAGGGGCACAGGUCACAGGGCACAGGGUCACCGGACAACUACAACCUUGACUAUAGUAACAGCCUCCGUUUGUCUCGUGCCCCGUCCAACCCGCACUACCGUAAACUUUAUUUGCAUAUUUUAUAUUCCUGCUUUCAAUUAUUGCCUGUUCCUGAUUUCCACUUUUGGUGUUUUAAUUGUUGAUGGGUAUGAACGUUUUAUAUUUGAUGAAUUUUGCUAUUUUCACGCUAAAUUUUGUACAUUUUUUUAACACAAACAGGCUAAAGAGACACCAUUAGUUAUCAUUUAUGCAUAUUUUAAAUCUUUGUUGCAAAGUUCCAGUUGUAUGUGAUAUCCGUUUUCAAUUAUUUAAAUGCAUAAUUUACUUAAUUGUGUCUACUCAGAUAUAUGUUUCCGUUGAACAUUUUGUAUUAAUUCUUAUCUUAUCAUUUAUUUAUCAAUGCAAAUUUUUUGCUUAAGCCUGUGGAUACCGUCAGUAAAACGCCUCGGCA